AUGGACUACAGAGUUCGUCGUCUUCUCGCUACAUCAAUUCAUUGCUUCUCGCUCCCAAGAAAUUCGUAUAUUGAGAGUUUCUGGAAGGUGCAAAUCUCUGGGAAGGGAUCGUGUAUGAGGAGGGAUAAAAGGUCAACACUACAAGGUCAACUCUUCAAAGCUUCAUCCCUUCUGCCCACCGCACUUACCGAAAUGAGGUCGACUCUGAGUAUUCCUCUACUUGCGGCUACCCUUGUCGCUGGUCUUGGUCACAACGACUGGGACAGACCUUGCUGGAAUGGUGAAUGCGCCUACGACCUUCCUGCACACAAGGGGCAAUCCGGAACCAUCAAGCUAUUUGCCGCCAAUCCCUAUGCGAUCGCAGACAUUACCCCUGCCGCUGGGUGGGUCGUCUUGGAUUGCGACCCCCAGGCCGUGGUCCAGGAGAUCCGCCUUGUAUGUAUGGGCGGUGACACUGAAGGCGCUGGUUGUGACCAUCUUACAAGUGGAGCCGGUCCAUUGGACAAAUAUGUACGACUUCCAGAGAACUGCUCGCAGUCUCCUUUUGGCCGGAUCACCAAAUAUUGGGUACAUGCAGAUCAGUCAGUCCCCGAGCACCAUGGGGUGAUUCGCCGCGACAACGGCUCUCCCCAUGUCUAUGCCAUUAGCAUUGAUGACAAGUUUGAUCAAAUCGACUACAAUAAGCAUGGUGAUGUUCGCUACGUCGCGUACGGCGUGAGCGUUCCGGGACUUGCUACCAACUUUGCCAUCCCCAGCGACAUCUCCGACCCCGACAUUGCGAAACGAUUCAUCUCCCAGGCCGUAGCUGCUACACCCGCUGCCGCCGCCACGAUUCCACUCCCAAGUGCAAGCGACUUGCGAGAGGACGAGUCCACAUCCGUGACUAUUGGUAGCUCCUCGACGCCUCUGAUACCGCUCAAGCUCAAAUCGGAGCCGAAGACUUGCGAGUCGAGUGGCCAUAAUGCUUCUGGAGAUGCGUCAUUUUCCGUUGGUUUGGAUAUUGAUACUUAUAUCUGGGGAAGGGGGAAGUGGGGCGGGGGUGUCACGGGUACGAACGGAGCUAUCGACGCAAUCCUUGGGUUUUUGGAAGACUUCGACGUCAACUUGAAGCAUUCGUUCAAGAUUUAUGCAGAGCUUAACGGGGAAUUCAGUUGGGACUUUGAUACGCCCCCAGUUAGUAUACCGGAAGUGACGGCUCUUCAUCUAGGAGUGGUCCAGCUUGGUCUCAUGGGAGGGGCCAAAAUCGCGACAAAAUUCAAUGUUACUGCCGAGGCAUCACUCACCAGCACGGUCCAAUAUGGCCUUCAGCACAUAUCCCUCACAAUCCCAUCCAAGAAGGACGUUCAUCUGACUCCUUACUUCAAUUCCACCCCGGUCGAUGGUCUGUUCGGUGGCGAAGUGUCCGCCGUAUUCGGUGUCUUAGGCGGGAUCACUCCGAAAAUCAUGGUCGGGGCGUCGACCAGCGGUGGCUCAGCCCGUGUUGAUGCAUGGCUCGGCGUCGAGGUUGGGUUGGCAUUGGCGGUCAAAGCUUCGCAGAGCUUCCUUGGAGGCUCUUCCGGUGUGGCUCUAUCCAGAGUUGCGAAGUCAGCCCAACACUCGCCCAGCCGGGUGAAACCCUCAAAAUCCUCCAAGGCAAUCAAAUCUGUGUCCUCCAAACCAACCUCUAAACCGCAACGUGCGCGCCCCGCAAAGGCGCUGAAACCUCGCUCGCUCGAUACAGAAAUGGCGAGUCCCGAGUUAGCGCAUUGCCUUAAGCUGAUUGUCCGAGUGAAAGUGGGAGCCGAAGCUAGGGUUAAGUGGGAUUGGUUGUACAACUGGAUCGGCUGGCAGCCCGGAGUAUCUGGUGACCUCGACCUCUUCAAACACGAUUGGACCCUUUCCGAGAAUGGUGGACUUUGCGGCCCGAAGCGGCGCUCUGUUAAAGAAACCUGGCCAAAUAUGCAAGUACUUUCAAAGCGUGCAGCUAAAUCUUCGCCGACACAUACGUUUCCUCCUACCGAUGUCAAGCGCGCACCGUCUUGUUUACCUAAAGACAUUGUCGGUAAAGCGAAGUCUUUUCUGAACCAGAAAUUCCCUCUACCGGUGUAG